AUGCAAAUAAUCCUCCAACUACCCCCGGGUCCUAUCGUCACCCGUAACAGCUGCCUUACCUCCCCCGCAUCACAGGAAAUACCCCAACCAUUCCUUGACGCCCGACAGAUUCGCAUCCGCGUCUUCUGCGAAGAACAGAACUGUUCCCUCGAGGGAGAAAUUGACGAAGACGACCCACGUUCCUGGUCAUGGAUUGCCUACGAGACAAGCGAAAGCGACAAUAUUAAUAACAAUCACAAUAACAGUUCCGAACCCGUUGCUACGAUCCGUAUUGUCCCCCCCCCGCACGCACCACACCCGAACGGUUUCCACGAUCCCACAGAAGAAGCAUAUAUCAAACUCACGCGCGUCGCGACCCUCCCGCACGCUCGUGGGAGGGGGCUCAGCAGGAUCCUCCUCGCGAGAGCGUGCGACUAUCUCGCGCAGAGACCGGAUGAGGUCUCCCCCGAGUGGAACGGGCUCAUCCUCACGCAUGCCCAGGUGGAUGUCGAGGGCAUGUAUCUCAAGCUAGGCUUCGUCACGGAUGAGAGACUCGGAAGAUGGGAUGAGGAGGGCAUCCAGCAUUUGGGGAUGUGGAAGAGGAUAGAUGUGAAGAGAUAUACCUAG